GAGGAAGUGCAUGCGCAGAACGUACGCGUUUAUCUUCCUGCAUAGAUAAAGCUUAUUCACAUUCAUUAACUGAGAAUAAAGUUACAGUAUCUCCAGUGCGGAAUGCAACAAAUGUGUUAGACAUGUUAAACAUGUAAGAGUGAGCAUAUCGCCUUUGUGUGCUGUGGUCGAAAUGCGACGCGAUAUAUGUCCGUGUUAUUGAAAGACAGGCCAUAGGCUCUGUCAACAAUGCUGAAGUGGUUUUCGGCAGAUGAGGGCGGCUCUGCCCAUGGAGCCCCUGGCUCUCCGCUGGUGGAUGUGAGCGUCAAUGCCCCAACGCUCUCUGAGGUCACUGAGCGGCUAAUGCAGAUGGAGGAACUGGUGACUCAGUUAAAAGAGCUGAUCAGGGAGAAAGAUGCAACACUCUGCAGCAAAGAUGAACAACUUAAGGUGGAGAGGGAGUCAUAUGAAUUGAAGCUUUCCAAGAUACGACUGCAAAACAAAGCAAAAGUCACCUCACUCAACUCCCAACUUGAGGAAUUACGGAAAAAUCAAGAGCGCAAAGAGCAGGGCAGUCCUGCUCGUUUCAAACAGAGUGGCACUGGAGAAGCCGGUGAUUCAGAAUCGGCUGCUGCCAACCGUGGGAAAAUUCUCCGGUUUAGAAAGAAGGUGGAGGAUCUAGAGCAGCAGGUUGCUCAGAGAGACCAAGAACUGAAGCAAAAGAUCCAGGAGCUGGAGGCCCAGAGAGAGCGAGGUUCUGCUAUGGAUGCCAUGUUGGCUGACAGAGCCAAACUUCUUACUGAGAAGGAAGCCUACAUUGUGCACCUGCAGAUGGCUUUAUCUGGGGAACAGCCAGUUCCACAACAAAGCAAUGAAGGGUCUGUGAAUGAGCUGAAGUUAAUGGUGCUGAGCCUAACAAAGAAUGUUGGUGAUGGGGAGGAAAGGUGCAGCCUACUCCAGGAGCAGGUGGACAGCCUCCGAGAGCUCCUAAUGUCUGAGAAAACCCAGUUUGAGGAAAAGGAGAACAUGUACAAGUCCAAUAUCCAAACAUUCAAAGAUAUCAUUUUACAAAAAGACAACACACUAAUGGAGAUCAGGCAGACACACGAACAGGAGCUGUUCAAGCUUGUAGCAAAGUCAGACGCUAGCGCUGACCUCGAGCAGCUCCUGACUGCUCUCAAACAGAAACUCCAUGAGAAGGAGGAAGUUCUUCUGGGUAAAACACAAGUGAUUGAUGUCCUGCAGGUGGAGGUGGAUGGUAGAGACCAGCAGAUAAAGGAGUUAACAGAGGGAAUGCAACACUUGCAGAGAGAGAGAGAGAACCUUCAGUCAAAGCUGGAGGCAGAGCGGCACAUCGCUCGGGCCCGGCUUAGAGAUCUGAUGGAGAAACAUGAGGCUGAGCUGCAAAGGGCUGCUGAGAAACACAACAGUGAGAUGUCAGAGAAAGAGCAGGCACUGCGCAGACAGCUGGAGACCCUGCAGCGAUCAACUGCACUGCCCUCAGACGUACCUGCAAACCCGCCCACCUGCAUCACAGCUCAAAGAAUCACAGAGCUGGAAGCCCAUGCAAAACUGAAAGCAGACGAGGCCAGUAAAGCAGAAGCUAAGUUCUUAAAGAUGAAAGCGUGGUCCAAGUCUCGUAUCAGGCAGCUCGAGGAGGAGCUCAGGAAAGUUCAGUCUGGGAUUUGUACCAAUAUGUCCCCUGACGUCACGUCCCUGCGCAGUCGUGUUACAGAACUGGAAGAGGAGCGAGAAGAAAUGUUUUGCAAACUGGAACUGUAUGAAGAGAUGAAGGCUAAAAAUGAUGAACUGCAAAAGCAGCUCGUGGAGUAUGAGGAUCAGCAGAGGAAGAUGCAGGCCGACCUGGAGCAGGUGACCAAGAGAGCAGCAUCACAGGCGAGUGAGACCGGCAGCAUGGAUGAUUUUCAGAGUCAGGUGAUGGAGUGGCAGGAGAUGGUUACCAUGGUGAUGGAGUCAGAGGGGGUUCGGGAUCAGGGUCACGAGAAGCAUGCCAUGGCCUUCAGAAUGAGCCACAUCGAAGAGGAGAGAGAGGGACUGAUUGAGGAUGACUGGUUGUUUCCUGGCUGCUCCGAUCCAGCAUUAGCCAAACGGCAACAGGACGUAGAGGAGGAGUUGGCCCAGGCCCAUGGUCUCCACCCACAGAAAAGCAGGAAGCCCAAACAUUUCACUCCACGCAGCUUGCAGGAAGACUUGGAGUUUCAUAAUAGGCAGUCUUUCCCAGACCCGAAAGAUUCCACUGGUUGUGAUGUUUUCAUGGAUGGAGAGAAUAUGGGUGGAUGGUGGCCAAAGCAUGGUGCUGCAGAUACAGAUGGCUUACGAUCGGUUGUCGAGGAGCUUGAACUAGAGAGAAACCAACUGCAGGAGCAGAUUCUGGGACUUGAGGAGCGAUGCCAAGAUCUAGAGGACCGACUGCAACUUCAGGCUCGUAUUGAAUUGUUACAGGUGACGUUUGGCAUAGAUGAAGGUGGUCGAGCCAUAUCUCAGAAUGAGUUGGAGCGCCUGCAGGCGCAGGUCACCAGCCUUCGCAGUCAGCAGGUCAAAGAUGCAGAAAAGCACCAGCUGCUCGUCACCAGUCUGAAUGAACAACUUAAAGGACUGAACAGCACACAGGAGUGUUUGGAGUCUUCCCUCAUAGAAAAGGAGCACACUCUCGCUAAAACCUCUGAGAAACUGGAGUGUAUUGAGAGUCUGAGAGAGGCUUUAAGGACAAAAGAAAAACAACACAAAGACACAGCUGAAAAACUGCUGCAAACAGAACACAAUCUGGCUGAAGUUAUGAAGAAAUGCAGCAUAUUUGAAAAGGAAAACUCCGAGGUGAAAGCAACUGUUGCAGAACUGACGCAGAAAAUCAGUGUGCUAAAAGACAAGAUGCAGAAACAUGAGGUGACUAUAGAAUCAUUGCAGAGUGAUCUGGUUCAAACAAACGAUGAGCUUGACAGACUGAACAUAGCUCAUCUAGAAGAAAGAGCACAGCUCAUUCAUGACAUGCAAAGCUGUGAGCGCAAAAUUGACAGCCUUAAAGAUAUCAUCACUGACAAGGACAAAGAAAUAUUAGCUCUGUCAUCCAGCACAACUGAAUAUUCAGAGCAAAUUCAUGAACUAAAACAGCAAAUAAAGCUCAAAGAGGCUGCACUCGCUAAUGUUGAACCGGAAGUUCAAACCAUUCGAGACCCACAGCAUUCUGACCAACAGUCCUUUAAUACCCUUAUAGCUGAGCUGAUGGAACAAUUGAAGAAAACAGAAAGUGAUCUAAAUGUGGCUAAAAUAGAAGGAGAAUCAAAGAGUAAUGAUAUUAAAGGCUUGAUGAAGCAAAUAGAAGAGGACAAGAAAACAAUUCAAGAUCUCAGAAUGGAUAUACAGAAGUUGAAUAUGAAUCAGAAAGACCAGCUGUUGGAUUCAGAACUAAUGCUUGAAAAAGAACUGAAAUUCCUCAAGGAGGAACGUAAUAAGCUUCUUGCUGAAGUGACCAAACAUGAAAGUGAGCUACAGACUCUUUCUAGAGAGCUUGAGGAGAAGUUUGCAUGUCAAGAACCGCUCAAGCAAGAUGUCCAAGAAAAGUCAAAGAUGAUAUUCUCAUUGGAGCAGAGGCUACAAAUUGUACAAGAAGAGGCAGAAGGAGAGAGGACUAGAUAUCGCACAGAACUCAAGACUAGAGAUGAAACCAAUGAACAGCUGGAGAAAGAAUUGUCUGGUAAAAAUGAGAGUAUUACUAAGAUGAAAGCCCACAUUAAAUCUUUGCAGAAUGACAACCAGAAACUUAAAGACUCACUUGAGGAGAAUUUUGAAGAGCUUGAAAAACAAAAGCAGCUCUUGGAUAAUGUCAAGAAAGAAAUGCAUGCUGUGCAAGAUCAGAAUUCCAGCCUGCUAUUACAAGUCAAAAGUCUCAUGGAUGAAAAUUGUCGAUUAAAGCAGAUAAUUGAGACUGGGAGCCAAUCUCUCUCUGAUGUUUUGGAAGAAAAGAACAUUUUGUUAGCCAAAAUAUCAGAGGCUGAAUUGCAGCUUUUAGGAAGUAAGAAAACAAUUGAAAACUUGCAGAAAGAAAAUGAAGACUUAACACUCAGAGGAGCUGAAUUGAAGAAAGAACUUGAGCAAAGUAAACAGUCAAUGUCUGUGAUGUUGUUAGAGAAGUCAAAUGAAUGCAGCCAGCAUAGUACAUUGCUCAGAGAGAGUGGAGAAAUUAUUUCAUCUUUACAAGUUCAAAUUGAGUCUUUAAACAAUCAGGCCGACCAGUCAAACUCCUGCAUGGCUGAGAAAGAAAGAACUAUAGCUGAGAAAAAUGCAUUAAUUGAAUCCCAGAAAUGCCAGCUUCUGCAACUCCAAGAGGCUUUAACUCGAUUUCAGGAACAGGAAGCUACUUUGAAAGCUGAACUAACAGAGAAAGAUGACACAAUGAAAUUCCUCAAGGAGGAAUGUAAUCAGCUUACUACUGCAGUCACCAAACAAAAAAGUGAGAUUCAUAAUAUUUCUAAACAGUUUGAGGAGCAGGUUGCAAAUCAAGAACAGCUCAAACAAGAUGUUCAAGAAAAGUCAAAGAAGAUAUUCUCAUUGGAGCAGAGGCUGCAGUUUGUACAAGAAGAGGCAGAAGAAGAGAGGACUAGAUAUAGCACAGAAAUCAAGACUAGAGAUGAAGCCAUGGAAAAGCUUGAGAAAGAAUUAUCUGGUAAAAAUGAGAGUAUUACUAAGAUGAAAGCCCACUUUAAAUCUUUGAAGAAUGACAACCAGAAACUUAAAGAAUCACUUGAGGAGAAUUUUGAAGAGCUUGAAAAACAAAAGCAGCUCUUGGAUAAUGUCAAGAAAGAAAUGCAUGCUGUGCAAGAUCAGAAUUCCAGCCUGCUUUUACAAGUCAGAAGUCUCACGGAUGAAAAUUGUCGAUUAAAGCAGAUAAUUGAGACUGGGAGCCAAUCUCUCUCUGAUGUUUUGGAAGAAAAGAACAUUUUGUUAGCCAAAAUAUCAGAGACUGAAUUGCAGCUUUUGGGAAGUGAGAAAACAAUUGAAGACUUGCAGAAAGAAAAGGAAGACUUAACACUCAGAGGAGCUGAAUUGAAGAAAGAACUUGAGCAAAGUAAACAGUCAAUGUCUGUGAUGUUGUUAGAGAAGUCAAAUGAAUGCAGCCAGCAUAGUACAUUGCUCAGAGAGAGUGGAGAAAUUAUUUCAUCUUUACAAGUUCAAGUUGAGUCUUUAAACAGUCAGGCCAACCAGUCAAACUCCUGCAUGGCUGAGAAAGAAAGAACUAUAGCUGAGAAAAAUGCAUUAAUUGAAUCCCAGAAAUGCCAGCUUCUGCAACUCCAAGAGGCUUUAACUCAAUUUCAGGAACAGGAAGCUACUUUGAAAGCUGAACUAACAGAGAAAGAUGGCACAAUGAAAUUCCUCAAGGAGGAAUGUAAUCAGCUUACUACUGCAGUCACCAAACAAAAAAGUGAGAUUCAUAAUAUUUCUAAACAGUUUGAGGAGCAGGUUGCAAGUCAAGAACAGCUAAAACAAGAUGUUCAAGAAAAGUCAAAGAAGAUAUUCUCAUUGGAGCAGAGGCUGAAGAUUGUACAAGAGGAGGCAGAAGGAGAGAGGACUAGAUAUAGCACAGAAAUCAAGACUAGAGAUGAAGCCAUGGGAAAGCUUGAGAAAGAAUUGUCUGGUAAAAAUGAGAGUAUUACUAAGAUGAAAGCCCACUUUAAAUCUUUGAAGAAUGACAACCAGAAACUUAAAGAAUCACUUGAGGAGAAUUUGGGAGAGUUUGUAAGACAAAAGCAGCUCCUGGAUAAUGCCAAGGAAGACAUGCAUGCUGUGCAAGAUCAGAGUUCCAGCUUGCUAUUACAAGUCAAAAGUCUCACAGAGGACAAUUGUCGAUUAAAGCAGAUAAUUGAGACUGGGAGCCAAUCUCUCUCUGAUGUUUCAGAACAAAAGAACAUUUUGCUAGCCAAAAUAUCUGAGGUUGAAUUGCAGCUUUUAGAAAGUGCCAAAACAAUUGAAGACUUGCAGAAAGAAAAGGAAGACUUAACACUCAGAGGAGCUGAAUUGAAGAAAGAACUUGAGCAAAACAAACAGUCAAUGUCUGAAAUGUUGUUAGAGAAGUCAAAUGAAUGCAGCCAGCAUAAUACAUUGCUCAGGGAGAGCAAAGAAAUUAUUUCAUCUUUACAGGUUCAAGUUGAGUCUUUAAACAAUCAGGUCGACCAAUCAAACUCCUGCAUGGUUGAGAAAGAAAAUACUAUUGGGGAGAAAAAUGCAUUGAUUGAUUCCCAGAAAUGCCAACUUCUGCAACUCCAAGAGGCUAUAACUCAACUUCAUGAACUGGAAGCUACUUUGAAAUCUGAACUAAUGGAGAAAGAUGGCAUAAUACAAGCUCAGUCUGCGCAGGGCACCUCUUUACAGAGUGAGCUUCAACAACAAAGACAGUAUUUAUCUAAAGUUCAAAGUGAGUUUGAUUCUCUAAAAAAUGAAUGUACACAAUUAACUGGCAGUCUCCAAAAAAGCGAAACAGCCCUCAGUAACAGGACUCACGAAUGCCAAACACACAUAGAUGAGCUCAGAGAAAGAAGCGAGUCUGUGGCACUACUGAGUGAGCAGUUGGCUGCAGUGAACAAGAUCAAUGUGAGGUUGGAGUCUGAAAUCAUGGCUAUGAAGACAGCUCAAGACAUUUUGUUUUCUGAUAAAAACAAACUCGAAGAGGAAUUGGCUCAGAUUCAAGCUCGUGCCGUUAGACUCAAUGACCACGUUCAGUCAUUAAAUAGUCAGAAUCAACAAUUACAAGCAAUGUUUGAAGGAAAAGAAAAAGAAGUGCUUUUACUGACGCAGGUUGUUUCUGAAACAAAUAACAAGGUAGCAAUAACCACCAAAGAGAAUGAAAACCUUGUUUCUCAAGUCGUCAGUCUCUGUGAACAGAAUAAGAACCUUCAGGAACAAACGACCGAACAGACAAAGUCUCUCACAGAAAUGACAAAGGAGACAAACGCUUUACAAAACAAAAUUUCAAUUCUUGAGACACAAGAUGUGGAAAACAAUAAAAUCAUUGAAGACCUAUUUAAACACAUGGAAGGUUUGCUUUUGCAGGCAGAGGAACUCAAAGUUUUCAAGCAGAAGCAGCAGUCUGGAGCCGAGAGCUUACAGGAAAUGUCUUCAGAAUGUGCAGCCCUCUCAAAGCGUCUUGGGGAGGCCGAAGAGGAAGUAGCUCUUCUAAAAGGGGAGCUUGAGUCCUCCAGUUCGCAGAUCAUUCACUAUAACCGUGUUGUUCUUGAAAAAGACAAAAUCUUAAAGGACCAAAGUACACAAAUGGAGGCUUAUCAGCACCAACUUGAGCAUCUUCAUGAGACUCUUUCAAUACUCAAGGAACAAGCCAAUGCUCAUAAUUCAGGCUUGAUAGAAAAAGACGUUCUGCUACAGAAAGAAUCUAAUUCAUGCAGUUUGUUACAAAAGGAACUUGGUCAUGAAAGAGAACUUGUUUUAAAUCUGCAACACGAGAUAGAGUCUUUGAAAGUGGAGUGUUCUAGAUUGAACCAUUCUUUGGAAGCACAACAAAGCUCUUUAAGAGAGAAAACCCUUGAGAGCCAAAAUCACAAAGAAGAACUGGUCAAAAGAAAUGAGUAUGUUCUUUCACUAACUGCUCAGCUUGGUAUAAUGAAUGAAAAUAACGUGAAGCUUAAAUCUGAAAAUGCUAAUUUAAAAUGCACUUUAGAGCAGCACUCAACAGAAAGUGCAAGACUUAAGGAGGAAUUGAGACAGAAACAAUUAGAGCUAGUAGAACAUCAGGAUAAUGUUCAGGCACUUACUGAGCAAAAUAGUACAAUUAAAUCUGAACUAAAGAGAUCAGUGGCAGAAUUGUUUAGACAGCAGGAGAUGAUCACUUCUCUACAAAGUGAAUUGGCAACAAGAAAUGAAAAACUGGCAUCUUUGACAGAACAGAUAGAAACGGAGCACUCUGGAAAUGAUGUUUUACAACUCACUCUGCAGGAGAAAGAGGCAGCUCUCAGAGCUCAGGAGAUGCAUGUCAAUAAGUUGCAAGACAAACUAUUGGAAAGUGAGAGCCAAAUUAGCCAGAAAAUAAAAGUGAUUUCUGAACUACAGAUAGCAGCUCAGAGUUUUCAGACAGCUUUGCAAGACAAAGAUAAUUUGCUGUUAAAUAAAGAACAAGAGUUCUCUCUGGUAAAGACAGCUUUAAUGGCUGAAUCAGAAGCAUGUAAAGCCCAACAGAAAUUAGAGAUGGAUGCAGUUGCUACACUUCAGAGAGAUUUACAGAACUUACUAGAAAAGAAUAAGCAUCUCAUGAGUGUGGUUGAUGAAAAGGAUUUUUUAUUGAGGCAGGAGCAAGAGAAGUAUCUGUGCUUACAAGGUAGUGCAGCAGAACUGGAAAACACAAAAUCACAACUAAACUGUCAAAUAAAGCGACUAACUUUAGAGGCAGCACAACUCAGGGAAACACAAACUGAGAAGGAACAAGUUGUUUUUGCUGCUCAAUCACAAAUACAGAAACUGGAUGAGCUAUACAAGAAGCUUCAAGAGGAAUAUAAUUUGACCAAACAAGAGCUUUAUAAAGUUAUCAAUGAAAAAUCAUUAAAGGAAGAGGAGGUCUGUAAAUUGGUUCUGGAAAAGGAAGAGAUUUGCAGAAACUCCAGUCUUCAGAUUCAGAGAAUUCAGGAACAAGUACAACAUGACCAGCAGCAAUCCUGCACCAUGAAUGACAUGGAGGAAGAAAUGAAGAUGGAGAGAGAACAACUUCACAUCCAGCAGGAGUCUAUGUGGGGUACAGAUGUGUCUCCAGAACACUGGGUCCAGUUGCACAGCCGACUGCAGCAUAGCCAGUUAGAGAUCCAGCAAAGAGAAUUUGGCCUCCAACAACUCAACAUCAAGUUGCAACAGGCAAUUGAGGAAAAGGCAGGGGUGUCUGCCCAGUUGAGCACUGUUUCCCAGAUGCUCAGAGACACACAGGAAACUGUUAAUGAGCUGCAGAACCGCUGCUAUUGGCUGGAAAGACAAUCACAAAUUCAGUAUUCAGCUGUACAGCAGGGUUCGGUCUCCGCAGAAGUCCCACCAGGAGCCCCCCAGGAACGGGUCAGUGCCUUACACAUCCCAGAUGCAUCAGACAGCAGGGAUCUCAGGAUCAGGCUGACAGAGGCUGAGCUUCAUCUGUCUCAAUUAAACUCCAGAUUAGAGGAGGAGAGAUCCAGGAGAGAGGCUGCAGAGGAAGCUGUGCGCUUGACUGAACAGAGAGUUACAAGCAUGGAGUCAAACACAUCCUGGUCUUCUCAGAGGGACUUUAGCAUUGAGCUGGAAACAGAUGAGGAACAGUAUGAAGCUCUUAUUCUAGAUCCAAACCAGCACCUACUCAUGCGCAAGAUGAAGAGUGGGGUGCACUUAUGCCGCCGUUGGCUCAAAGGAAGGAGCACAUACUGUUCCAAACUGCUGACAUCCAGGGCGAAGUCACGCUACAUAUUCAUGGCAUACCUUCUUACACUUCAUGUGCUGGUUUUCAUGUGCCUCAGUGGUGCCCUCUAGAGGACAACCACCAUCAAAAUUACACAAAUGAAGCAUUCACCAUAAACUUUAGUCUGAGCAGUAUAAUGAGAAGGCCCUCAAUCUACACUGCAUCAUAAUGACGGUACAGGAACAUCUCAUCGGUUGCACACUGAAAUGGUGUAAAGCAGAACGAUUUACUGUAGUUUUCUGAAACACACUACAACAUUCAGCUGAAACAUACCCCAGAUCACAUUGUCAUAUUUCAAGCAAAUAAAUUCCAUGUAGGCUUCAACAUCAGCUUUUAGAAUGCCAGAGACCUUGUGUAUAUUCACAUACAUACAAACUGUCAUUAGACAUUGAUUUCUACCUGCUGAAAUGGCUAUGCACUGAAAUCUUUAAUGAUUUAGUUUCUCAAGCAAUGAUGUUUUGCACAUUCUACACUCAAAUAAGCUGAAGAUACAUUUGAGUUUGUCAGUCUUGAUUGGCUGCACUGGAAAUAAAUAUGUGAGAUCAAAAGUAUAAUGUAUUUAAAGUUCUAUAUAUACAGAGAGAAUACUUAAGAGUAAUUGUUUUGUUGGUACACUAAAUGCGCAGAACUUUUCAUACCAGUUCAAAGUACAAAUCGGUUCUAACUUUUGAUAAGCCUUAUGUGUUUUACUUGCGUAUUGCUGUGCAAAAACACUGGCAUUAAAGGGUUCGAUCACACAAAAAUAAAAACUCUGUAAUCAUUUGCGCACAACCGUGUUGUUCCAAACUCUUUACUUUCUUACUUAAGUGGAGAAAAAAAAAAAGAGAUGUUAGGGACUGAGAAAGCCUUAGUCAUUUAUGAAUAGUGAAUGAGGCUAUCAGUCCCUAACAUUCUGCUUAACAUCUCCUUUUUUGUUCCACAGUCGAAAGAAAGUCAUACAGGUUUGGAACAACAUGGGGGUGGGUAACUUAUUUGGGGUAAAUUAUUCUUUUGACACUACAUUUAGUUGUGGACUGAGUUUUGCAUGUUUCUGUUGCAUAUACUUAAUAGCAAAUACUCUGAUUUAUUUACAUGCUGAGCCACAAUGUAAACUGUGUACAGCAGUCACAAUACCUUGUUGUGCAUAAAUAUCUAUAAAUGGAGUAUUAUUCACAAGGAAAAGAGUGAAUCUUUUUAAAUUAAACUACUGAGACCUUC